AAUUAUCGCUUCCAAGUAUUUGACUUUGAGUGCGUGAUGACGUUAUAGCUGCAGACAACAGUUCACCGGUUUGGAUUGUUUCAUGGAAGAUAAACAUUACCGCCUAGUAUUUUCACUGAAAUUCUCAGUUCUCUAGGCCAAUUUGUAAUAGUAUUGUUAUUAAGAAUCUUGACGUUGGAUUUAGGAAAAUUUGUAUCCAUUCAAAAUAAAAGGAGAAACAUCAUGGAAACUUACUUAAGCAGUGAGCAAUUAAAGCGAGAAAAAGUGCAUCCGCUGAGCAAAGCCAAUAUUUUUUCCAGAUUAUUUUUUACCUGGUUAAAUCCCCUGUUAUAUAAAGGCCUUAACAAAGAAAUAACAGAAGAUGACCUUUUUCCAAACCUCAAGCAACAUGAUGCAACAGUAUUGGGUGAUAAAUUAGAAAAACAAUGGCAAAAAGAACUUAUAAGGACCAAAAAUCCUAGUUUACUUAGGCCUUUUUUUGCGGUUUUUGGGGUUGAACUUACAUGGCUAGCAUUACUUUUUGCCUUUAUAGAACUUUUUGCUCGGUUAUCUCAGCCAUUACUGUUAUCCCAACUUCUAAAAUUCUAUGAACCAAACACCACUAUGACAAAAAAUGAAGCUAUUCUGUAUUCUGCACUUAUAGUUGCAUCACCUGCCAUAGUCAUGCUGUGUCAACAUAAUUUUAUGUGGUACCAAUUAGUUUUGGGUGUUAAAAUAAAGAUUGCAGCUACCACUCUUGUCUACAGGAAAGCUCUAAAACUAAGCAGAUCCGCUCUAGCAGAAACUAAUAUAGGUCAAAUGGUAAACUUAAUUUCCAAUGACGUGGCUAGGUUUGAGAAUUUAAUGAAAGAUAUUCAUCCUUUAUGGUUAUCACCUAUAGAGUUACUUAUUAUUCUUGUAUUGCUAUAUUUGUACGUGGGACCUUAUGGUCUGACAGGAAUUUUACUUUUAUUGUUGUUUAUACCAUUUCAAAUGUGGCUGGGUAAAAAAACAUCGAUAUUUAGGCUCAAUACCGCAUUAAGAACAGAUGAGCGGAUCCGUCUUAUGAAUGAAAUUAUAUCUGGUAUUCAAGUGAUAAAAAUGUAUACUUGGGAAAAACCUUUUGCUAAGUUAGUCGAAAUAAGUAGAAGAAAAGAAAUGCAGCAAAUCAAGAAUACAGCCAUGAUUCGAGCAGCUGUAUACUCUUUUCAUCUCUUCAUCAACAAAAUGGCUAUCUACUUUUGCGUACUAGUUUACGUCUUAACCGGAAAUACCCUCAAUGCACCAUUCGUUUAUGUAAUUACGUCAUUUUACUCCAUUCUAAGAUUAAUGGUUACCAGAAGGUUUCCAGAGGGAGUUACUUACUUUGCGGAAGCUCAGAUAUCAACAAGAAGGUUUAACGAGUUUUUGUUAAUGGAAGAGAUUGGCCAGGAAGUAAAGCAUAAGGAAUUCUCAAAUGGAAAUUACAAUAACUUAGAACUAGUAAAUGGCGAAGAAAAAAAACUAUCUAAUGGAUAUUUAAACCCUAUUUAUGAUCCAAAGAAAAAUAAUGCCUUAAUAGAGCUUAAAGAUGUUUGUGUGAAAUGGGUUCCAAAAUCAAAUGAAUAUUCAAUAGAAAAUAUAUCACUUAGAGCUACCUCAGCUGAGCUAACUAUCGUUAUUGGACCUGUAGGUGGUGGGAAAACUACUCUUUUGCAUGCCAUAUUAAAAGAACUCCCAGCUCUCAAAGGAUCCAUUCAAAUUAAUGGUUCAAUCUCAUAUGCUUCCCAAGAACCGUGGUUAUUUAUGAGCAGUAUAAGGCAAAACAUCCUCUUUGGAGAACCUUUUGAUGAAACAAGGUAUAACGCAGUUGUAAAGGUAUGUGCUCUAGAAAGAGAUUUUACUCUUUUUCCUUACGGAGAUAAGACGUCUGUUGGAGAUCGUGGUGUAUCACUCAGCGGUGGACAAAGAGCUCGGAUUAAUUUAGCCCGUGCUAUUUACAAGGAAGUUGACAUUUAUCUUUUAGAUGACCCACUAUCUGCAGUUGACGCUCAUGUAGGCAAGCAGAUUUUUCAAAAGUGUAUUCAAGGUUUCUUGAAAGAUAAAUGCGUUGUUCUAGUAACGCAUCAGUUACAAUAUUUAAAAGGUGCCAAAAAAAUUUAUUUGUUGGAUGAUGGAAAACUUAUUGCAUCUGGAACCUAUGAGACAAUAAGAAAUUCUUCACAUGAUUAUGCUAAACUACUUGUGGAACUUAAUAAUAAUCCCAAUAGUGAAACUAUGAAGGCAGAUUUAGAUAACGUGGAUAAAGAAAAAAUUAGUGAAGAAAAUAUUGGUCAAAGUAAAGCGCAACCAAAAAUUUCAAAAGAAACUAAAGCAAUAGGAAAUGUUGAUUCUAAUGUGUACAUAACUUUUUUUCAAAAUGGCGGGCAUUGGUGCAAAGCUUUUUCGAUAUUUCUGCUAUUUUUUACUACACAAGGAAUGCACAGUUUAUCAGAUUAUUACCUGACUUGGUGGGUUAACGCAGAAGCAUUAAAACAAGCAAAUUCUAAUAAUUCUUCUGAAAACUAUACAAGCUCUUCUUGGUUAAAAGGAGUAUGGACAGUCUACUUAACAGAUGACUUGUCGAUUGUCAUCUAUUCCUGUAUAAUAAUAAGUCUAAUAGUAUUAACGCUCAGUAGAUCGAUGUUCUUUUUCAGAUUCGCUCUGAAAGCAUCUACCACCUUGCACAAUAACAUGUUUGAUAAAAUUGUGUAUGGAACCAUGAGGUUCUUUAAUACAAAUCCAUCUGGUAGGAUUUUAAAUAGAUUUUCUCAUGAUAUGAAUGAGGUAGAUGAAAAGUUGCCUUCCACUAUGAUCAAUUGUGCACAGAAUGGCCUAAGUGUCUUAUUCACAACCAUAGUAAUAGCCACUGUGAAUCCAUGGAUGUGUAUUCCAACAGUCGUUAUCUCUGGAAUUUUCUACUAUUUGAGAGUUGUAUAUAUUUCCACUAGCAGAGAUGUCAAAAGGAUUGAAAGUAUAACAAGAAGUCCAGUAUAUACACAUCUUGCAGCAUCUCUACAAGGCUUAACAACUAUUAGAGCCUUUGGUGCUGAAGAAAUUUUAAAAACCGAAUUUGAUAGAUAUCAAAAUAGGAACACUGCAGCUGCAAUUAUUUUUAUAGGUCUAGCAAGGACUUUUGGUUUUUGGUUGGAUAGCGGUUGUGUGAUUUAUAUUUGCUUUGUUACUAUGAGCUUUUUAUUAUUUAAUACAGAUACUCUUGGUGGCUCUGUUGGUCUUUCUAUCACUCAAUCAAUGACCCUUACUGGAAUGUUUCAAAUGUGUAUCCGACAAUGGAGUGAAUUGGAGAAUCAAAUGACAAGCGUGGAGCGUAUCAAAGAAUAUGUGGAUGUUACACCUGAAAAAGAUUCUGGAACCACAACACCACCCAAAGAUUGGCCCAGUCAAGGAGAAAUUGUUUUUAAGGAUUUGAGUAUGAAAUAUGCAGUAGAAGAAUCAUACGUUCUAAAGAAUUUACAUUUUCUCAUUAAAAGUCGAGAGAAAAUAGGAAUUGUUGGUAGAACUGGUGCAGGAAAAUCCAGUAUUAUUAUGGCUCUGUUUAGGCUUGCGAGGAAUGAAGGCCUGAUUGCUAUUGAUAAUAUUGACAUCAGUUCAGUUCCGUUAGAACGAUUAAGGUCUAGUAUAUCAAUUAUACCGCAGGAACCGGUGCUGUUUAGUGGGACUUUAAGGAAGAAUUUGGAUCCCUUUGAUGAAUAUAGUGAUGAGAUUCUUUGGAAUGCCCUGCAAGAAGUAGAACUGAAAGAUGCAAUCAUAGACUUACCACACGGCCUAGAAAGCCGCAUAUUUGAAGGCGGCUCUAACUUCAGCGUAGGCCAAAGGCAAUUAGUGUGCUUAGCUAGAGCUAUUAUAAGAAAGAAUAAAAUUCUAGUCAUGGACGAGGCUACCGCGAAUGUUGAUCCGCAAACCGAUGCUUUAAUUCAGGAUACAAUCAGGAAAAAGUUUGCUGAAUGUACGGUACUUACCAUUGCGCAUAGGCUACAUACAAUAAUGGACUCAGAUAAGGUGCUAGUAAUGGAUGCAGGAAAAAGUAUCGAGUUUGGCCCUCCCUUUGAAUUGUUACAAAUGGAGAACGGUGUGUUUGUUGGAAUGGUUAAACAAACUGGUAAUGCUAUGGCAGAUAAUUUGAUGGCUAUUGCUGCAAAGAAAUAUCAUGGAGCUUAAGAAUUAAUACCAUAAUUGGAAUAUUACAAUUUUGUUUCUUGAUUACCUUGAUUUAGGGCAAGAAUGCAGAUUCCAAGUUUAUGUCUGGUUGUACUAUUAUUUAACAUAUUAUUUUUAAUAAUAUUAUUAUUAUUAUAAUUAAUAAAUGAAUUGUUAUUUAACUUGAUUUUGUGAAAAUUAGAAAAAAUAAAAAUUACUUCAAAUUCUA